GUGUUUGGGUGUGGAAUGUCGUGAGUGGGAUAGCAGUGACUUGAUGCUGAAGUCAGUGUCCCUCUUUCUCUCUCUCUCGCUCGCUUUCUCAUUCUCUUUCUUAUUCUCUCUCUUUCUCUCGUUCCCUCUCUCAUUCUCUAAUCUCUUUGUAAAGUAAACAAACCGCUGCAUUGUGACAGUAGCCCUCAAACUCAACCACUCUGAUCUCCCUUCUGCUGCUCAGAGGAGUGUAUCAAUACAAGCCAUUUGUCUUUCUCUCUGGUUCCUCUCAUUGGUACGUGGACUGUUGUCGUGCGACGUAGUUGCCGUGGCAGAGUGGUGGUUCUGGGAUGGGUUAGGGUUUUUUGGGAGUAGUGUUUGUCUAGCCUGGGCUGUCACUAAUGCGGACUAAAUCUCUCCGUAGACUGGAGGAUCCAACCGAGAGCGUGAAGAGAGCGUCUGGUACAGAGCGGGAUGCUGUGCUGCGGCUUGAGCAGGAGAGGGCUGAGAUCGUCUCCAAAUAUGACAAGGGAAAAGAGGGUGCCACUGUGGAACCCUGGGAGGAUGCAAGCUUCCACCUGUACAAAGUUAUUGACCGCUUCGGCUUCGUACAUGAGAAUGAACUUCCGUCCUACGACUCGGGGGAAGAGAAGCAAAAACACUUAGAGGUAGAAAGGACCUCAAAAUGGCUGAAGAUGAUGAAGAGCUGGGACAAGUAUAAGAACAGUGAGAAGCUGGUGAGGCGGAUCUAUAAGGGAAUUCCCCUACAGCUCCGAGGAGAGGUGUGGUGUCUGCUCCUCGACGUUCCCAAAAUAAAGGAGGAGAAGAAAGACUUCUACGAGAAGCUGAAGCUCAGGGCUCGAGGUCUGUCUCCUGACGUCCGUCAGAUUGACCUGGAUGUGAACCGAACCUACAGGGACCACGUCAUGUUCAUGACCCGCUACGACAUCAAGCAGCAGGCUCUGUUCCACGUCCUAACAGCCUACUCCGUGUACAACACGGAGGUGGGGUACUGCCAGGGCAUGAGUCAGAUCACUGCUCUGUUGCUCAUCUAUAUGAAUGAAGAGGAUGCCUUCUGGGCUUUGGUCAAACUGCUGUCUGGACAGAAACACGCCAUGCAUGGGUUUUUUAUCCCUGGCUUCCCCAAGCUGAUGCGCUUCCAGGAGCACCAUGACCGCAUCCUCAAGAAGAUGAUGCCCAAACUGAAGUCACACCUGGACACACAGGAGGUGUUCACCAGCCUGUACACUAUGAAGUGGUUCUUCCAGUGUUUCCUGGACAGGACCCCCUUCACCCUGACCCUGCGGAUCUGGGACAUCUAUAUCCUGGAGGGAGAGAGAGUUCUGACCGCCAUGUCCUACACGGUCCUCAAAUUGCACAAGAAGCACCUGUUGAAGCUGUCUAUGGAGGAUCUGGUUGAGUUUCUGCAGGUGACUCUGGCCAAGGACUUCUUCUUUGAGGAUGACUUUGUGAUUGAGCAGCUGCAGAACAACAUGGUGGAGCUAAGGAGGUCCAAACUGGAGCUGGCUGCACCAGGUAAAGAAGACGAGUAUCCCAAGAAGCUUCUUGGGCAGCUUCCCCCAGAGCCGGUGGUGAACCAGAACCACGUGGCAAAUGGUCAGAGCCACGCCCAGCCGGCCGAGCCCCCAAAAGCGCCUAGCCCCUCCCCCGAGCGCCAGCGGGACAGCCGACCCCCCAGCCGGGCGCGCAGGGACUCCCUGGAGAAGUUGGUCCGGCAGCACAAGGCUGAGAAGAGGGAGGCCAGAUCACGGGGGUCUGGAGAGAACUCCGUCCACGUAGACCCCCACUGCAAACCGCCCUCCGCCCCCACCCUCGCUACCCCAGAGAGAGGGUUCACACCUACACCGUCCCCGGCGCCCUCUCCCUCGCCACACCCCAACCCUCCUACAAAAGUGGUGGACGGAGGGAAGCCUCAGAACCACGCCACGGCCAACCACAACUCCAAUGCCGCCUCCAGCAGCUCUCGUAAAGACAUCGCCCCGCGCUGGGUCAAGCCCUCCGAGACCAAGCUGGAAGCGGCCAAGGCAGCGGCGGCCAGGGAGAUCCAGCUGAGCCGCGGUGGUUCCCCGGCCCCCUCCAGCCCUGACGACACCCUGCUGCUCAACCGCCGGCCCCGCUCCAGGGGCUUGAUCCCAGGCUCCAACCGCGGCUCCAACGCCUCUCAGUACGACAACGUGCCCGGGGGGGCAGAGCAGGACUUUGUGGAGGUCCUGGAGCUGGAGAGGCCACCGUCGCAGAUGAGGCGCAGUGAGACACCGUCCCUACCCCCCACCCACACCCCCAGCCUGCAAGGGAGCAUGGUCUCCAUAGGACCAGUGGCUAGGCAGGCCAAACACCCCAUCCCCGCUGCCCUGUCCCUCAACAGCCCUGCGGGGGGUAAACCCUUUGUCCACCCCAAUGGCCAGAGCCAGUACCACACGCCCCCCCAGCAGUACUCCCCCGGCCGGCCUGCUAUGGUGCCACUCCACUACCCUCCGUACAGUGUGAGCCUUGAGCAGAGGGGACUGGGAGAGGACAGGCACUACGGCCCCCCGCUCUCCCGAGGCACCCCAGCUAUGGGUCUGAUGUAUGGGGAGAGGGCGUACGUCACCACCCAGCGGCCCAGCCACUCUCCGGAGAAGGCCCUCAUGAACAACUCCUAUGCCACCACCCACAGGCAGCCUCCCAGCUCAGCCCAGCCCCCCCGGACCAUUGUAGGCCCGCUGGCCCCCCGCGCCAUACAGCAGCUGGACAGCCCUGGUAGUAACGCCUCCACAUACCUGCGUCAGCCCACACGGCUCACCUCCGCUGCAGCCGCCUAUCCGGUGCACCCUCCUGUUGACUACAACAGGUACGAGGGGCGCAGGAGAGGGGAGCAGACCACGCCCUACCUGCCUGAGGGGCCAGGCUGGGGAGGGGCAGCGGAGGUGCAGCCGCGGGGGCAGCAGGAAGGUGGUGACAUGACAUGUGCCCCUGGAGGUGUACCCCGCUCCCCCAGCUUCCAGAGGGCCCAGAUGUCCCCCGUGCAGGAGUUCACCUUCUCUGACGGCCUGGCUCACUACAGGACACAGUUCCACGAGCAGCAGCAACAGCCCACCAUGAGGCAGCAGCUCCCCCCGCUGUUCGGAGGACCACACUACAGGCACGCACCAGAGGCGUUCACCAUGCAGGAGUCUAUGUUGCUGUGAGAGGAGGAGAGAGGGAUAGAAAGACACUGAGGUGUAGUCACUGACACUGUGGCAGCAGAGACCAGCGGUAGUCCUACUGGAGUUAAGGAGGUUUGGUUUGUGCUUUAUAUGUGACGUUCUGACCUUUUUAAAAGUCAUACUGCAUCGUGAAUGCUGCAGUAUACCAGCUUCUGAUGUUUUUAUGGAUCCCUUUUGAAAACCCACUGAAGAUUGAUUAUUUUAUUUUUCGGAUGUUAAAUCAUUAAUGACAGGAGUUAAAAGUAUAUAUAUAUAUAUAUGUCUUUUAGAGUUGAAAAUGUACAGUAAAUGAUGUUUUGUUUAUAUACUGAGUUAUUGAAACGUUAUGAGUAGCAGGGGACACUUCUCCUGGCGAGACAAACUCAGUGAUUCCAUUUUUCUUUUCCAUCUUUAUUAUUUUUUUAUGAGUUACUUCCAAAAUAUCUACUUUAGAGGUCAAUUUACUCUAUAUGCUUGUGAAUAUCUUAUUUUUCAGAGAGAAGAAACAAAGCUAUGUCAAAUAAUAGAAUUACGGAACAGUGACAAUUAAAAUCAUUGUUGAAAAUAUAUAAUUUCAAUUCUGAAGCACCUCCACUGUAUAACGACGGUUUUUAAAACGUUAUUUUUUCAUUGAGAUUAUGCUGUUGUCGCUCAGUUUAGCGACCACUGUCAUUUCUAGUCAUUGCAAAGCAUUUCUGUAACCCGAAUAGUGUGUACAGUAUGUUUGUAUAUCGAGGCCAGUGUCUGCUUUAUACCCCAUAUUGAGACUGUAAACUCUAUCAACAGUGAACUGUUUUGUCGUCCGUAGGAAAAAAACACCCCUUUUCUCCCCUGAAGUAAUGUACGAUUUACUUCCCUCUGAAAAGUUUACAUGAACAUUAAUUGCAUAUUAACAGUACAGUAUUUUCAUCACCACAGAGUAGGUGUCAGCUAAGUGCAAGAGGUUUCUAUAGAGGGGGAAUGUGUAACGGUAUUGAAGUACAUACUAAGCCGCAAUAUGCUUUAAUUGCCAACUCAUGUCUUGUAUUGUCAGCAGUCACAUUCACUGCUCUUCAGUUACCAGCACUUACAUAUUAAAUCAUUCCAUAUACACACAUCAACACUUACUGACCUGUACAUACUACUUUGUAGUGUGCCGUCACACAUUUGAAUACAUAUUCAACCACCUACCUUUUUAGUGCUGAUUCUCAACUAUGUACUUUUUGAUACAAUGCUUAUCGUUCUCACGGUUAUAAUUAUACUGUUAUUAUUUGAACAUGCAAAUAAGUCAUUCCUUUUUUUUGUUAAAUAAUUAAUUGCAAAAUGGUUUAUCAGGUCAUUCUUCAGAGACUUUUCUUUACUUAAUAAAACAAAUUGGGGUGUGCAUUUCU